CGAAGAAGAGGAAGCAGAAGAGGAAAAAGAAGCAGAAGAAGUCUAUCCGUGUGUGUCGUGGCUCUACUUAGUCGUGUGUGUGUGUGUAAUCAAGCAGUUCUUCUCGUAGUUGCGGACGAAUGGAGGCUGUAAUCAACAUUUGGGAAACGUGUGUAUUUGUUUGGUUCGCGGUGAACUGCGACGAAACCGGCCCGUGUUACUGCGCUGGGCUCGGGUAAUGGCCGGCCGUCACCGCUAGGGGGCAACGGCACUGAACUUUGACACACAUAACGACUUUUAUUCCUGCAGCCCGUCCGUUUAUCCAACACCCCGAGUAACCGUCGGUAUUCCCGUCCGUUUAUCCAACACCCCGAGUAACCGUCGGUAUUCCCGUCCGUUUAUCCAACACCCCGAGUAACCGUCGGUAUUCCCGUACGUUUAUCCAACACCCCGAGUUACCGUCGGUAUUCCCGUCCGUUUAUCCAACACCCCGAGUAACCGUCGGUAUUCCGUGCGUACUGAAAGUUCUGCAGCAAACGUCGACGUGGUCGUCCGAAGAUGUCGUCCCGCAAAGUCGUCGACCUGUUCUACGACGUGGUCUCUCCAUAUUCCUGGCUUGGCUUUGAGGUCAUGUGCCGCUACCGGACCGUGUGGAACAUAGACCUCAACCUACGUCCUGCCUUCUUGGGUGGCAUCAUGCAAGGGUCCGGCAACAAGCCCCCUGGACUAGUACCAAAUAAGUUCCUGUACAUGACUCAAGAUCUGGAUCGCUUGGGACAGUACUUUGAUAUUCCCCUCAGAGCCCCGGCUAACCCCUUUGAGGCCAUGUUUGAAAAAGGCUCCUUGUCCGCUAUGCGUUUUGUGGCAGCCGUGCAAGAGCGAGAAAAGGGUGGAGACAAGCAGGUGGAGAAGGUGUCUCGUGAGCUCUGGCGAAGAAUCUGGUGUGAGGACAAAGACAUUACCAAGCCCGCCUCCCUGUCCGAGGCAGCCAUGGCGGCAGGUCUUCUGGCCAGUGAGGUUGAAGAGCUGUUGAAGCUGUCCACUACUAAGCAAAUCAAAGACAAGCUGAAAAGCACAACCCAGGAAGCACUUGAUCAUGGGGCGUUUGGCUUCCCCCUUGUUGUGUGUCACGUAAAAGGAAAGGCUGAGAUGUUUUUCGGUUCUGACCGAUUUGAGCUCAUGGCCCACUGCAUAGGAGAAAAGUGGGUGGGGCCUCAGCCCAGGGAAAUGACUGCAAAACUGUGAUCUCAAACCUGCCUUCGAACGCUAUGGAUGUGCUCACGCAUUUAUGGCAUUUGUAUUGAGUAAUUCCAGAAGGGUUGUUUUUUGCCCCCCAAACAUAUCACGGCUCUGAUUGUCUGUGCUGUGUAUCCUGGAAGGAAGUUGUGCAAAUUUCCCGUGAAUUUCAUGAACAAAUAAAUGC